GUUGAGUCUGCGGGAUGCUUGCAGCUGGGAUGGACGCGAGAAGGGAGGAAUCAGGGGUCCCUGGGGUGGGGAUGGGGAGGACUGAGGCUUUUUUGGUUAGGUCUCUACUCUACGUCCAGCUGCGUAGCCCUUCUCUCCCCUUGGAUGUGUAAUGGGUUUCUCCGUAGGUCUGAAGCAGCCUUCUUGUUGCCGCCUCCCUGCCCGCUCUCUGCCGAAACAAAACAAGACAAACCUUACCCGAACCAGACCUACUACGGUCUAACCACUCUCAAAAACUGACUAACUCCAUUCUUCCAGAUACUUUUGCCAUGUGAAGUUGAACAUGGCAGAAGAAGAGGACUACAUGUCUGAUUCCUUCAUUAAUGUCCAACAAGACAUCAGACCAGGAUUGCCAAUGCUGAGGCAGAUCCGAGAAGCCCGUCGAAAAGAAGAAAAGCAGCAGGAAGCUAAUUUGAAAAAUAGGCAGAAAAGUUUAAAAGAAGAAGAACAAGAAAGACGUGAUAUUGGGCUGAAGAAUGCACUAGGCUGUGAAAACAAAGGGUUUGCUCUGCUCCAAAAGAUGGGAUAUAAAAGUGGUCAGGCCCUUGGCAAGAGUGGAGAUGGUAUUGUUGAGCCAAUUCCUCUCAACGUCAAAACAGGGAAAAGCGGUCUUGGUCACGAGGCAUUGCUGAAGCGGAAAGCAGAGGAAAAACUAGAAAGCUACAGGAGAAAGAUUCGCAUGCAAAACCAAGCUGAAGAAACAGCUGCAGAGCAGUUUCGACUGCGAUUUAAACAUAAGCACGAUGAAGUGAAGCUGGAAGGGGACCUGAGGAGAAGCCAGCGAGCCUGCCGCCAGUUGGAUACUCAGAAGAACAUUCAGGUUCCGAGGGAAGCAUGGUACUGGUUGGGGCUUGAAGAGGAGACUGAGGAAGAGGAAGAGGAAGAAAAAGAGCCAGAGGAAGAUGAAUAUAAAAGUGAAGACUUAAGUGUACUGGAAAAAUUACAAAUAUUGACUGGUUAUUUAAGAGAAGAACAUCUGUAUUGUAUUUGGUGUGGAACAGCCUAUGAAGAUAAAGAAGACCUCUCUUCAAAUUGCCCAGGACCAACUUCUGCAGAUCACGAUUAAGACUAUUCUCAAUAAAGUAAAAACUUGGAAAAUGUCACUGUUACCUAAAAAUAGACAAUUGAGCAGUUAGAAUUCCCAAAUUAUGCCAAUAAAGAAAAGGGGCCUUUUUUUUUUUUAAAGA